GAUUUUACGUGCAUCUGUCAGAUCACCUGCGACCUAAACAGGAGAAUAAUUGAUAUUUGUUAUGACAUUGUAGUUUUAUUUAAUCUUGCAUUUAGUCACUGCUAGACCAAUUGACAUAUUUUAUUUAAGUUAAAAAAUAAUAUUAUUUAGUAAUACUUGAAUAAACGCUAUUUUUCGCGGUGAAGAUAAAAUUGUUCGAAUAGAACCAACAUGGCUGCGUCCACGGCGAUUCUUUAAUCACAAGUAGAGGUUAUGUUACGUACCAAUUUUACGACAACGGUAUUAUUUCACUUACCAGACUUUUAACAAAAGCUUCGCAUAAAAGAUGGUAUUAACACUAUUCAGCAGUUUGGUAGUCCCAACACGAUUUCUUUUUUCACUUCUACAAUGUUCAUCAUGUCGUCGAACAAUGGUAAAUAAACUCUGGUGCCAAGAAGCAGCAAGGAAGUGGUUCUACAAAAAGGAUCAGUCACUACAUUCACGACUCUUGUCCGAACCAAAAUGUCAGAAACAUGUAGCCACCUGGUACCUACUUUAUCGUUGGUUAAUCUUUAUGGCCUGGGCUUGUAUAGUCGUGUGUUCGAUUUUCGAAUUUGGUAGCUACAAACCUAUGGUAGUAUAUGAUAAGUGGCCAAUUUAUUUAACAAACUGGGAUUUAAUAUUGGGUGUUAGUCAAGCCUUGCUUGGCGGUUUUCUCGUAUUGAGAAGAUGGAAAUUGCAAAAAGUAUCAGACUUUGAUCCUUCCGCGUUGAUGCUGGGAUUGAUAGACAGAGUUUAUUGGUUCCUUUACGUCGUAACUACUAGUAUCGCGUUUGGAGUUACGAUUACCUAUUGGUGCAGCAUAUUCGAUCCCAGGAUUCACUAUUUGGACCCUUUAAACAUUAUGCUACACAUAUGUAACAGUAUUUUAAUGAUAAUUGAUUUUUGUAUUACAAGCAUUCCGUUUAGGUUAAGGAACUUCUGGUGGUGUUUAAUCAUAGUGUUUUUGUACACCAUGUUUUCGCUAAUAUAUUAUUUCGCUGGAGGAGUAGACAAGAAUGGUUAUCAUUAUAUUUAUAAAAUCCUCGAUUGGAAAAAACCUGUUCAAGCUUCAUUGAUAUGCGUAGGCGAAGGUAUAUUUAUAACCAUAUUGCAUUCCUUAAUGUGUUUCCUAGAGAAAGUGAAGGAUCGAUUGUAUCUGAAGAUCGAUAAGAAAUUAGGAAGACCGUAUGCGGAAACACACAUGUCUAGUGUAGAGAAACAUGCCGACAUUGUCUGAAAAUUAGUGAUAAUAGGCAACAUUUUUUCACGAUUCUAAAAUGAAGUAUUAUGUAAUUGUAUUUCGUCUUAAUAUCUUUAGAAAUUCUGUACCAUUCGAAACUAUAGUUUAAAGCAUUGAUAUACCUAUCUUUAGAAAAGUUAAUUUUCUAUUUUUAGCUA